AUGUCCGGUGAGUGUCGUUCAUCGCUCGUGAACUCGUCCUCUAACUCGCUCGUAGAUCAAGUGGAGUUAGCCUCGGCUCCUUUCGACAGCAUCUCCCGAGUUAGCUUUUCACCGAGCAACCCAAGUCAUCUCCUCGUCUCAUCAUGGGAUACCACUGUACGAUUCUACGAUACCGCUGCCAACGAGCAGAAGUCCAAGUUCGACCACAGGGCCGCAGUACUUUCUUGCUGCUUUGCCGAUGCGACCCACGCUUUUAGUGGCGGUUUGGACACGGCAGUUCUUCAUCUCGACCUAGAGGCGGACAAGUCCGUCCCGAUCGGCCAACACGCCAGCACCGUUUCCUCCAUGAGCUAUGCCUCCGAAAUCAAUGCUCUAGUCACUGGUUCAUGGGACAGCACUGUGCGGUUCUGGGAUCCACGCGCUGGACCUGGCGCUGCGCAGCAAGCGUCACACACGGUGCCUGAGCGCGUCUAUGCCCUGGACCUCGUCAAGAACACGCUGGUUGUCGCGAUGGCCAGCAGACUCUUCCAUAUCUUCGAUAUCCGAAAGAUGGACAGGCCGACGCAGGAGCGCGAGAGCAGUUUGAAGUACAUGACGCGCUCACUUGCGUGCAUGGUGGACGGGCAAGGAUACGCCACCGGCUCCGUUGAGGGUCGCAUCGCAGUCGAAUAUUUUGAUCCGAGUCCGGAGAUGCAGCAAAAGAAGUACGCUUUCAAAUCACACCGACAAACAAUUGACGACGUCGACCAUGUCUGGCCCGUCAACGCGCUUGCCUUCCAUCCCACGUACAACACGCUUGCUUCCGCUGGCGGCGAUGGUACUGUCUCGAUGUGGAACCACGAGUUGAAGAAACGUAUCCGGCAGUACAACAAGUACAAUUCUUCCGUAUCGAGUGUCGCGUUCAAUUCCGACGGCACUAAGAUGGCCGUUGCGACGAGCUAUGGAUGGGAAGCGGGCGAGGAAGGUGCUAAGACGGCGGAGCGGCCAAGCCUGUUUAUCAGAACGUUGGGAGACGAGGUCAAGGUUCGUAUAUGGAAACUCGCUAUGAAUCGGCCGCGUCUUACUCUUGCCUCGUGUCACAGCCCAAGGGCCGCUGAAUUACGUCGCGAUGGCGGUCAUGCCCACCGACUCCCACAUUUGCAAGAAACGCGUUCAGUAUCUGUUGGCGAACGUCUAAAUCAAGUGCCGUGA